GAUGAUGGUUGACUGGACUGCAAUGUCGUUCAUGACAUUUUACAUAGCGUUUAUAUUUCCAGCGUCGUACGUGACAGACAAAUACGGUCUGCGAUGGAUCCUCACCAUAGGCGCUGGUCUUAACUGUCUUGGUGCCUGGAUAAAAACAUUAUCCAUUCAACCCGAUAGGUUCUACAUUGUUAUCAUCGGACAUUCAAUAGUCGCUCUUGCGCAGACUACAUUGGUACCGAUACCAGGACGAUUGGCCGCGCAAUGGUUUCCAUUUACCCAAAUCUCGACCGCCACGUCUUUGGGUAUUUUCGGCAAUCAAGUGGGAAUAGCGUUGUGUUGUCUUUUAGGACCUAUAAUAAGAAGACGAAGAAGAACAAUAAACCACGAAAUAAUUAAAGAUCCCUCACAUCCUAGAAAGAUUAUCACGUUUUAAUCUUCUCACUGUGCUUACGUACUAGUAUUUCAGAACGAAUCGAAAUUACCGCCGAGCGAAACGCGGGCAUUGCAAAAAAUGAAUCGAACGAAGAAAAGAGAGAAAUUCAUGGACCCGAUUAAAAGGCUCUACAGAAACAAAAACUUCAUUAUGCUCUGUAAUUCCUAUGGUUUGAAUAGCGCCGUGUUCAGUGUCAUAUCUACAUUACUCAAUCAGAUAUUCCUGACACACUUUGAGAAUGGAGAAGAAGAUGUAGGUAGAAUUGGCUUAGCCAUAAUUCUUACCGGCAUGACCGGUUCUGUUAGUUUUGGUAUCAUCCUUGAUAAAACGCAUAAGUACAAACAAACUGCCAUGACUGUAUAUUUUCUUUUAUUUUGUGGUCAAAUAAUAUUCGCGGUGUGUAUUUGCAUGGGUAUAAAAUGGAUGGUAUACGUGAUGGCGAUGUUCUUAGGAUACUUUAUGGCGGGAUAUCUGACAAUAUCACUUGAUUUGUGCAUUGAAUUUACGUAUCCAGAGUCGGAAAAUAUACCUGCGGGACUUCUCAACAUAGUAUCAAGCAUUUACACCAUUAUACUGAUUACAUUGUUAGGAUUAUUAAUGAACAUGUAUAACGACAUUCCGGUGUACAUCGGCUUAUGCUUGGCUUCGUUGCUUGGUUUCAUUUUAACCAUUAUAACAAAAGACGAGCAGAGACGACAAGACGCAAGAAAAAAAGCUCAAUAUGAAGGAAUCGCUAGAAUUGAAAAACAAACCGAUGGUGUUCCAGAAAUGACUCAACUAACUUAUAGCAUUACUUAACUGUUACAAAUAAUCAUAUUAAAUCUUUUAAUACUAAUAAAUUUU